AUGAACUUCGUCAGGCUCUCCACCCGGCUCCCCUUCAACGGUGCAGCAGCAGCAGCAGCAGCAGCAGCAGCUGCUGCUGCUGCUGCUGCUCCUAGUCCAGCAGCGCUUCGUUUUCUCACGAGCAGCAGCCGCAACAACAGCAGCAACCCUGCUGCAGGCAGCAGCAGCAGCAGCAGCAGCGACGCAGCAGCAGCAGCAGAUACAGACGAAGGCAGCGGUGUUACAGCAGGCAGCAGAGAUGCAAAAGAAUUAGGCGAAGCAGCAGGAGAAGGUGAUGAAGAAAUAAAUGAUAUACAACAACUGAGAGCCGAUGUGGCUGCAGCAAAGGAGACAGCGAAAAAAGCAGAAGAAAAUAACGCAGAGCUCAAAGACAAACUGCUGCGGUGUUUGGCGGAGCAAGAGAACGCCAGGGUUGCUUCGGCGCGGGAGUAUGCCAUAUCAGGGUUUGCAAUGGCCCUCUUAGAUGUCGGUGAUUCUCUCAGCAACGCGAAGCAGCAGCUGCAGCAGCAGCUAGAAAAGCUGCAGCAGCAGCAGCAGCAGCAGCAGCAGCAGCAGCAGCAGCAGCAGCAGCAGCAGCAGAUUGGUGUUGAGCAGCUGAAGCAGUUCGUUGAUGGCAUAUCUAUGACCGAUAGUCUCUUUCACAAAACCCUCGAAAGAUUCGGGGUGCAGCCGUAUGAUUCGAUGGGGGAGAAAUUCGACCCAACUCUUCACGAGGCUCUCUUUGAAAUGGACGGACCCAGCGAUAAGAAGGGGAAGGUCGCGCAGGUGGUGCAGAGAGGAUACAAAAUAAAAGAUAGGGUUUUGAGAGCAGCAAAGGUUGGCGUCGUCAAACCCUAA